AUGGGCCGCCUGCACCAGGUCGAGUAUGCCCUCGAGGCGGUGAAGCAGGGCUCGGCCGUCGUCGGCCUGCGGUCGCGCACGCAUGCGGUGAUCGUGGCGCUGAAGCGCGCGCCGUCGGAGCUCGCGGCGCACCAGCGCAAGGUGCUGAAAAUCGACCACCACAUCGGCAUCGGCUUUGCGGGCCUGACGAGCGAUGCGCGCGUGCUGAGCCACUACAUGCGGCAGCUUGCGCUGUCGUCGCGCCUCAUGUACACGCGCCCGCUCCCGAUCUCGCGCCUCAUGUCGACGCUCGCCGACCGCGCGCAGCUGAACACGAUGCAGUACGGCAAGCGCCCGUACGGCGUCGGCUUCCUCGUCAUCGGCGUCGACGACACGGGCCCCCACCUGUACGAGUUCAACCCGACCGGCAACUGCUUCGAGUACCACGCGAUGAGCCUCGGCGCACGCAACCAGAGCGCCAAGACGUACCUGGAGCGCCACCUCGACGCGUUCGCCGACGCCUCGCGCGACGAGCUCAUCCUGCACGGCCUCCGCGCGCUGCGCGAGACGCUGCCACAGAACAAGCAGCUCGAGCGCGCCGCCGUGUCCGUCGCCUUCGUCGGCCCCGGCGCCGACGCCGACCCGCGCUCGCCCGCCGUGCGCGACGGCGAAAAGUUCUCGCUCCUGGAGGGCGACGACCUCGCCGAGUGGUUCGAGCAGUACGUCUAUCUUCUAACAGCAGACUCGGCCCCAGCGAGCGCGAGCAGGCCGCCCACGCGCGCGCCGCGCAGGCCGCCGCCGAGGACGCCCCCGCGGACAGCGAGCGCCGCGACGCGAUGGACGAGAACUAGCUCCAUAGCACGUGAUAGCGCCGCCCGCCCGCCCGGCGGGCCGCUCCCCACGACGAUGCACGUGUGUCAGGAGCACCGUGCGCGCGACCGCACGCCGCCUGCGGCGCCUGCACAGAGCGACGAGAAGCGCGCGUAUGCCGACGAAGCCGCGCGGCGCCUGCGCCCGCGCCACGCAUGGCGCACGUACCUGCUGUGCGCGUGCUCGGCGCUCCUGCUGCUGUGGCGCCUGUACAGCUACGCCGCCGCGGGGCCCGGCGCGCGCGCGCGCGUGCACGGCGGCGACGUGCGCUGCCGCCUGCGCGUCGCGCACGCGCGCACGCCCGAGUGCUACGGGCCGCUGACGCCGCUCGAGCAGGCGUAUGUCCAGGUGCCGUCCGCGGCCAGUGCGCGCGCCGCGCUGCAGCGCUACACGGCGCAGCACCACUACGCGGGCGAGCCGGGCGACAGGGCGUCCGUGCUGCGCCUCCUCGACGAGUGGUCCGCGCUGCUCGGCGCCGACACGCGCAACGCGUCGGCGCGCGUGUACGAGGCGGGCUCCGCCGAGAGCCGCACGCUCAUGGAGAGCGCGGCGAGCGCGCCCCGCGUGUGGGCCGACACGUACGCGGUGUGGCUCGACGAGCCCGUGCAUGCGAGCCUGCGCGUCGUCGAUGCGCAGGGCCGCGCCGUGUGGAACGCGUCGCUGGCGGAAGACGUCCUCGCGGAGGACCCGGCGAGCGCACACGGCCUGCCGGCGUUCCACGGCUACUCGUUCUCCGGGAACGCGAGCGGCCCGCUCGUGUAUGCGGGCACGGGCUCGCCGGCCGACUUUGCGCGGCUCCGGGCGCGCGGUGUGCGCGUCGACGGCGCGAUUGCGCUCGUGCGCUACGGCGGGCUCUUCCGCGGCCUCAAGGUGCGCGCCGCGCAGGAGGCCGGCGCGGUCGGCGUGCUGAUCUACUCGGACCCCGAGGAGGACGGGCAGGUGACGGAGGCGCACGGCUACGCGCCGUACCCGGCGGGGCCUGCGCGGCAGCCCAGCAGUGUGCAGCGCGGCAGCGUGCAGGCGCUCUCGUUCUACCCGGGCGACCCGUCGACGCCCGGGCGCCCGUCGUACCGCAACGCGACGCGCGCGCCGUGGAGCGAGGUCGACUCGCUGCCGCGCAUCCCGUCGCUGCCGCUGUCGUACGCGACGGCGAAGCAGCUGCUGGCGCUGACGCAGGGCCGCGGCGUGCGUGCGGAGGAGGUGCGCCCGCGCUUCGGCGGCGAGAUCCCCGGCGCCGAGUACUGGACCGGCCCGAGUGCGCUGCGCGUGUCGAUGAGCAACGGCAUGCGCCACGCGACGCGCGACGUCUGGAACGUGUAUGCGGUGAUCCCCGGGCGCAUCGACGACGAGCGCAUCAUGGUCGGCAACCACCGCGACGCGUGGGUGUUUGGCGCGGGGGACCCGGCGUCAGGCACCGCCGUCAUGCACGAGCUCGCCAGGGGCCUCGGCGCGCUCCUCGCGACCGGCUGGCGGCCGCAGCGCACCAUCGUCCUCGCGAGCUGGGACGCGGAGGAGUACGGGCUCGUGGGCUCGACCGAGUUCGGCGAGGACUACGCGCCGUUCCUCUCGCGCCAUGUGGCCAUGUACCACAACCUCGACAUGGCCGUCAAGGGCUCGCAGCUCGAGGCGAGCGGCUCGCCGUCGCUCGCGCGCCUCCUGCGCGGCGUCGCCGCGAGCGUGCCGGACCCGCACGUGCCCGGCGCCCGCCUGCGCCUCGACCGCGUCGCGCCGCUCGGCUCGGGCAGCGACUACACCGUGUUCCUGCAGCACCUCGGCAUCCCGUCCACGGACGUGAGCUUCCGGCGCACAGAGACGGACCCCGUGUACCACUACCACUCCAACUACGACUCGUUCACGUGGAUGGACAAGUGGGGCGACCCCGGCUUUGCGCGCCACGAGGCCAUGGCGCGCCUCCUGGGCCUGCUCGUCCUGCGCAGCGCGGACNCGCAUCGCGCCGCGCGCGGCGGCGCCGUGGGCGCAGCUCGAGGCGGCGCUGCGGCGCGUGCAGGACGCCGCGGCGCAGCUGCACCGCACGCAGCGCGAGCUGGAGGCGAGCGGCGAGGCGCGGGGCAGCCUUGA